CUGCAGGCCCAGGGGAGACAAAGAUGGAUGAGCAGAUGGGAUCCAGGCUCCUUCUGAAAAAGCUCACAGUGCGGUGAUGGGCAGGCCACCCAACAGUGUGCCAUGGAGAGGCUGAGGCAUCAGGCCCUGACAGGGGUGAUGCCUGCUCGUAGGCCUGAAGGGUAAGGAGACAGCCAGGCAAAGCGAGGUGUGCAUUCAGGGAACGCAAGUUGGACAGCUGACUGACGCAUGGGGAGGUGGAGUCACGGGUGGAGGAGGGAAGGCAUGUCACAGGGCCCAGACCCAAGCUCAGUCCUGCAGGUGAUGGAGAAGAAGGCAAGCGACACCAUCAGGUCGGAAACAGGCUAUAAGAGAAUCAGAAAGAAGAGGCAGUCAAUGUCCUCAUUGACUCCCCUGGCUUCCUGUGGGGGCCAGUCGCAGUGCUGGAGACCUCUGCCACUUUGGGGAAAACGUUCCUUUGCCUGCCUCUCUGUCCAGAUGAGGAAGGUAAGGCCUGGCGAGGUGAAGGAACUUGCCAGAGCAGUGCCGGAGCUUGAAAGCAAGAGUCAGAAGCUGCACAGAGGCAGCCCAGCCCCCAGCGCCUGCCCUACGCACACCCACUGCCCUACGCGCCUCUCCAGGCAGUGCAGCUGCACAUUUUUUGAAAGCCCUGGAACCGGCUCUGCUCUGCACAGGUGUUCAUUGAGCAAAGCCCCACGAGUCCCCAGCGGCCACUGUGGUGAAUGCGGCAGCUUUGGUGGGGAACGUGCCUGCGCAAGGUCACUCGCCUCUGACCCCACACAGGCAGGGGAACUGAGCUGCGGGGAACCACUACUCACUUUCACCAUGAAAUCAGGGUUCCUUUGAGUGGAUCAGCUAGAAGUACUUAGUAGUCCUCAACAACCUGGCCGGGGCCACUCCCAGCCUACCAACAGAGUGCUGUGUAGGGACUGUGUGCUGAUCUGUUACCUCAGGCAGAAAGAAUGGGGCUGCUGGGAGAGGGGGCGUGAGGAGGGGGUGCGGGGAGGCAAAGGGAGGACACGAGGUCAUCCUUAGGAAAAGGUAUGGCUACCAGACGGGUCAGAACUGGAUCCCGGUGGCCAACAGCAGACCCAGGACACCAUCUGGCCCCUCAGGUGAACUUCGGUUCAUUACAAUGGGUUACAAUAUUAUCAGCAUGGCAGCCAAAAGAAAUCUCCACCCCCUGUCAUGUGUCGCCAUGGCAGUUCUGUCAUGGGCCGAGCAAGAACCAGGGAAUCCCACCUUCCGACAGGAAGGGGUCGUCAGCGAGGAGCCGCCUGGGAACGCCUGGGAAGCCACCCCUAAAACUUGAAUGUUUCGCGCCCUCAUUCUGACAGAACCCCAAGUCUCUUUGCUCUUCGGCACAGUUGCUCCUCUUCGGGUCUGCCCGCUCUCACGCCGUCUCGAGAGUGGGCUGUUUCCUUUCUUUCAAUGAAUCCUCUGCUUGCUUGGCUUUGUUGGCGCUGCUUAUUUGUGCGUCCUUGAAUUCCGAGGCACAGGAAGGGGUUACCAGCCACAUGCUACUGCUAUUUGAGCAGCCCUGACUUCAGCCUCCUCCAAAUCAUCUUCUCGCAGUGCCCUCCUCUGAUCAAGUCUCUGGAAUUUGAGUUAGACAAAUGAAAAUGCCACUCAGCUAGCAUGGGCAAGAGGGGACUUGCCUUCUUGAAUUUGUGGGGAGCACGUCUCUAUCUUUUCCCCAGCCUCUGGGUAGACACCUGAGGGGUUCUACAGUCCAGACAUGGGGGCUCCCUGUGGCCUGGGACUGCCCAAAGGGAACAUUCCCCAGCCGUAUCCCAAUUUACCAUCACGUAUCUUCUAGGCUCCAGGUAUUAAUUUAUGGUCUCAGUUCACAUGAGAUUUGUAAACAUAAUUAGGCAGGAGCCAGCAAGUUCCCACCAUUCCAUCUUAAUUGUCUAGACCCCUCUUUGCAGCCUUCUGCACUUUAACAAUUACUUUUGUGUGAUUCUUUGGUUGGCAAGAUGGAUAACUUUAUUUCCUAAUGUAUUUUACAUUGGAGAUGCACUAAUAUAUAUUAAGCAGUCACUGCUUCUCUUAAAGCACCAUAAAAAUACAGUGGUCCCCCCUUAUCCACGGGGGAUACGUUCCAAGACCCCCAGUGGAUGCCUGAAACCCUGGAUUGUACUGAAUUCUAUAUAUAUUACGUCUCCUAUA